AUGCCCGAGUUCUAUGGAAGGCUGGUAACAAGCAGAUGGAUACGCUUUGCGGAUGAACCAAUCAAGGCCAAUUAUACCCUUGUGCGGGAAUUGUACGCAAAUGCUGCAGAGGCAGACAUUACAAAUCGGGCAAUUGUCAAACUAGUGGCUAGUCUCCCGUCGGGCCCAUGUGGAGAGGGCACAUCUACAGCUCCUUCUGGUCCUGGUGGUCCGACAUUAGCAAGUGUGGUGGAGGAACUGAAGCAUAUAAAGGAAAAGCAGGGUAAGAUGGAGAGGAGGCAGAAAAAGGCAAGAGAGCACGCCAAAAAGCAAAGCAAGUUUUUGAACAACAUGAUGAGCAUUCUGAGGAGUGUAUGCGGAGCACAGCAUGGAGAAAAAUCUUUUGGGAAUCUUGUAAUUGAAGCCCCUGCAAAAUUUGUACCCGGAGAGAACAACAUGGAGUUGAAGACUUUUGUAACGUUGAUUCGCGAUACGGUGAAGCAAACUAUAAGCGCGUGUGACAAGACUUCACCGGACGACGUAGUGGCUGCAGUGGCAAAUUUAUAUAAUGGAAGUUUCAUAUCACCAGAAUGGGGAGGAAGUGAUGAAGUUGACAUGUACACAAGUUCAAGUUUGUGUAGGUUUCCUAUACAAGAAGCUGAUUUUGGUUGGGGAAAACCAUGUUUGAUGCAUUUUGGGUCAAGGCAUAAUCAGUGUUGCUGGUUGUAUGAUGCAAAAUGUGGCAAUGGGAUUUGUGUGCAAGUGGACUUGAAGGAAGCUAAUGUGCAAUUAUUUGAAUGUGACGAUGAUAUCAAGGCUUUCUUUGAGUUUUAG